AUGUCAGCGAAUCAAGUCGCUGAGCAUUAUAACUCAGUGAAGCAAACGGGGAUCGAUGACCGCAAAGAAAGCCGAAUAUUUCAUUUGCGGAAUUUCAAUAAUUGGAUCAAAAGUCAAUUGAUAAGUGAGUUUAUUACUUGAUUUUUCAGAUUUUUUUCGGUUCAGAUGAAGCAACGAAUCGUCUGCGCGACGACGGUGUUAGAAAUCCGCGGAUAUUCGACUUGGCUUGUGGAAAAGGGGGAGAUCUUCGCAAGUGGGACAUUGCCAGAGCUGAAACUGUAACAAUGGCUGGUUUUUUCGAACGGAAAUUCGGAAAUAAGAUUCAAUUUUUGAAGAUAUUGCCAGCGUUUCAAUAGAUCAGGCCAAAGGGCGAUACGAAGAAAUGCGACAGAGGAAUAGGAAUCGUAUUUUUACAGCUGAUUUCAUGGUUGUUGAUUGUACAAAGGUUGGUCAUUUUAUUACAAAAUUUUCGCAUUUUGAUGAUUAAGGAAGAUAUAAUGGAGAAAAUGAAAGACAAAAAACCAUACGAUCUGACGAGUUGCCAGUUCGCCUUGCAUUAUUCUUUCGUCGAUGAAAAAUCGGCCAGAACUUUUAUUCGAAACGCCGUCAAGCCCCUCAGACCGGGCGGAAUUUUUAUUGGAACUUUGCCAGACGCCGAGAGAAUCGUGUCAGUUGAUUUUAAUUUUGCUUUCUUUCGAGUCAUUUUUCUCAAUUUUUUCAGCUUUAACUUGUUCAUGCCGCUUCUAAUAGAGAAAUAAAUUCAUCAUGAAAUAGUUCUUUUUUUUGCCCUCGAAAAUUUUCUCAAUCGCCAACGUCUUCUAAUUAUUCAAAAAUAUUCUUAGGAAAAUACGAAAAUGGUGCUUCUUUGUCUGAUAACUUGAAGGGAAUGAAAAAUAGAUCUAUCAUGGAGAAAUUGAAUAGAUGUGGUUGUGAGAAGUCUGCAUAACUUUAGAUUAUUUUAUUUAAUUAGGAAGAACUUGGUUUUUUUGAAACAAAAAAAAAACGUCAAUGACUUCAGAUUUUCGAACGGAAUGAAAUGAUAGAGAAUUUUCUCACAUUCAAAGUUAUCCAGGUUUAAUAACGCUUUGAAAAAUGUUUGCUCCAUUUCUGACCACGGAGGAACUAUUUCUGUUUUUAGUUUAAAGUCAAACGGAGUUUGUGGGGAUCUUUUUCGGAACAACACAAAUUCUUGAAGGCAUCGAAGAAAAAAGUCGCUGUGUGAUUUUUUUUUAGUUUGAGCCGAGCUCCCAAAUUGUUUCGGAAUGUUGAAAAUUUCUCAUUUAAGUUUUAUGCUCAAACUUUGUUCAGUUACACAGUACCGAAAAAUUUUUUAGUCACAACUUCCUAAUGUAGAGCUCAAUCUUUCUGUGAGUAUUGUUUCAUUGGAUAUUGAUUUUGAAUCGAGCAAAAUGUUGUCUUCAAGAGUACCUAUUUGGGUUAAAAAAAACCUUCCAAACAGCUUUCAUUUUCAGCUGGGCUGCGAGAGAAAGUGAAGACGGCGAAUUCAAGAACUCUGUGUGCAGCAUACGCUAUGAAAACGUUGAUGAGCUGAGAGACGGGAAGCCUCCGCUUUUCGGCGCCAAAUUCCACUUUGUUCUCGACAGUCAAGUGAACUGUCCCGAGUUUCUCGCCUAUUUUCCUUUGCUGCAACAGUUAGUCUUACUAGGGAACUACUCGGACUCGGGUACGCGGAUCGAGUUGAAACUUUAGUGGUUUAUAGACCUAAGUGUGAAUACUUGAAAACAAGUGUGAAUAUCUGCUAAACCCAAUAGAGAACCGAGAAAAAAUUAGUAGAAAAUGUAAAAAUUAGGCCUGAAAAAUUUCAGAGUACUGUUUUUUACCUUAUUUUAUAUUUUAAUACAAUCGGGUUGAAUGAUUCGGCUAUGAUAAACUCUAAUAAACUUUUUCCAACCAAAAAGAAAGAGAAAAGCAGAAAUUUGAUAAUUUUCAAGCCUAAACUGUUCAUUCUCAAAAAGCUUUUUCUCAGAAGCCUAUGGGGUUUAGCAGAUAAUCUCUCUUGUUUUCAAGUACUCUUACCCGGGUCUAUUAGCCACCAAAGUUUCAACUCCAAACGCGUACCCGAGUCCGAGUAGCUCCCUAGUUAGGAUUUUCUUGGAAUUUCUAACCAAAUAUGAUUUUUAGCUUAUUAGAGCAAGAAGGAAUGGAAUUACUUUUCGUCAAAACCUUUCCCGAAGCUAUUGAAGAGUGGAAAGAGGCAGGGGCCAACCUCAUGGGUCGGAUGCGGGUUGGUCGAUAUUUUUUAAAGUUUUAAGUGAUAGGUUCUGUUUUCUUCCACGCAGGGACUAAACUUUGUUUCCGAGUCAUUUUAUUCUAUUUUUGACCUUGCUUAAAUAUGUUUCUAGGUUGCUUUUAUACAAGUAAAUCCAAAAAGGUUGUGCAUGACCUUCAUACACUAGAUAGCUCAUUUAAAUGUUGAGUUGAGGAGUUUUUUUUUGCUUACAAAAUCAUGAGAAUCAUACUUAUCAAACUGUGAUGCUCUAAAAGCUUCUUUACUUUGUUAUUUUUCAAUAAAUUAGAAUUUUAAAGUGGGCUUUCUCGGUAAAAAAAGCGCAGAACAAGCUUAUAAAUAUUUUUUUGAAGUUUUUGUAGCUUCCUUUUGAGCUCGUAAAUAAUUUCCUUUGAAACUUCUUUUUUUCAAAACAAUUCUCAGCGUGAACCAAAAAAAUUAUAAAGUUCUAAAAUAACAUAAAAUAUGGUAUUCAAAACUAUCAAAAGGAAGAAAAUUUCAGUAAAAAAAUGGUUAGUGAGCCGUGAAUGGUUCUAGCUGAGCAAUUUUUUAGUUUUGAAAAACGAAGGCUGAAUUUAAUUCUCAAAAUGGUCUGUUUUAACAUAUUUACUCGAAAGCCCCGGAUUUUUGUAGGUUGAGACUUGCAGGAUCUUGAUGUAGUACAUCAAUGAGUUAUCUGGUUAUCUUUUAGUAUUCCCCACCCGCAAAGGGAAAUGAAGAGGUUUUCUCAGAAUAAAUGGACAUCUCUUCUGAGGAAUUCAAUUCUCAACUGUAAUGAUUCAGGCCCUCGAGAAGUAUCCAGCAGACCAAGGCGAGAAACUGUCGGGAGGACCCGAAGAAUACAAGCACGUGGAAGGUGUUGGCAACAACCCAGUGGUAAUACCUCGUCUCUCAAAAAAGUCUGUUCUGACCUUGAACGCUGUGAUUUGCAGGGAACCCUGUCGGAAUCCGAGUGGCAGGCCGUGUGCAUGUAUCUCGUGUUUGCCUUCCGAAAGCGCAAGACUCCGGCCGACAACGGAAAGGAAGAAGAAAACACAGAGGAGAAUCACAGGAAUGAGAGAAAAGCAGCAGAAGAAGUUGAUAGAAGUGUCGUCGACGAGGCUGGAGAAGAUGUCGAGGUCAAGAGAAGGAAAACAGACGAGGACGUCUUUAAAUCCGAGAAAACUGAAGUUGAACUUACAAAAGAAGUAUGA